CCCUCAUGUAAACUAGAAUUGGAAAAAUGGUGGCCAGCGUCAGAGUGCAGAAGCUCCUCCGACGAUACAAACUAGCGAUUGCCGCCGCGUUAACGAUUCUUCUGAUUCAAGGGCUAGUAGUAUGGAGUCUGAGAAGUCUCGAAGAGGGCGAGGCGGAGAGGAAAACGCGGCGGUCCAAGCUACCUGACCACAACAGCCAGGACCCCAAAAGGGAGGCAGUGGCCUGGGAGAGACAGAACGCAUUGUCUGGGAGGAGCGGGGCCCGAUGGAACAGCAGGCUGGAGAGGACGGGGGCCACGGCUGCCAGCGCCCUCCAGAGGGGCACCAAGCGCCGGGGGAAGCACACCAUCAGGGUGAAGAUGCCCCUGGGCCAGGGUGUAGCAGUUGAUGGCGUUCCCCCCCAUGACCCCUCCAGCAGCCGUAACUUCACUGAUACCCGGGGCGGAGGGGAGGGGGCGGCCAGACUACCCCCUCCAGCCAUGCCAGGGGAACCGGGCAGCGUGGAGGGGGCGCCCCAAGCCCCCAGCAGCGACUUUGUGCCCAAGUGUGACAUCAUGGGCAAGGACGCCCUGUCGGCCCUGCACCGCGCAGGCUCGCGGCAGUGCCGGCAGGAGAUCGCCAACAUUGUGUGCCAGCAUCAGGCCGAGCAGCUCAUGCCAAGGGCACUGCCUCAGUUCUGCCCGCUGCACGGUUUUUCCAGCCCGGUCCAGACAGCUGAUGAGCUGGACAAUGACCUGUCCAAGGUGGAGAACCCGGUCAGGGUGGCCUUCGUCCUGGUGGUCCACGGCCGGGCCAUCAGGCAGCUCAAACGCCUCAUCAAAGCCAUAUACCACCGAGACCACUUCUACUACAUCCACGUGGACAAGCGUUCCGACUACCUGCAUCGGGAGGUGCAGCAGAUCGCCCAGCAGUACCCCAAUGUGCGUGCCACGCCCUGGCGCAUGGUGACCAUCUGGGGCGGUGCCAGCCUGCUGAAGGCCUACCUGCGCAGCAUGCAGGACCUGCUCUCCAUGCUGGACUGGAAUUGGGACUUCUUCAUCAACCUCAGUGCCACUGACUUCCCCACCAGGACCAACGAUGAACUGGUGGCUUUUCUGUCACAGCACAGAGACCAGAACUUCCUCAAGUCACAUGGGCGGGAGAACGCGAGGUUCAUAAAGAAGCAGGGUCUGGACCGGCUGUUCCAUGAGUGUGACAACCACAUGUGGCGGCUGGGUGAGCGGACCAUCCCAGAGGGCCUGGAGGUGUCUGGGGGCUCUGACUGGUUCUCCCUAACCAGGCGCUUCGUAGAGUAUGUCAUCAACUCCCAGGAUGAGCUGGUGGUGGGCCUGAAACAGUUCUACACCUACGCCCUGCUCCCCGCUGAGUCCUUCUUCCACACAGUACUGGGGAACAGUCACAUGUGUGACUCUCUGGUGGACAACAACCUGCGUGUUACCAACUGGAACAGGAAGCUGGGCUGUAAGUGCCAGUACAAACACAUAGUGGACUGGUGCGGCUGCUCUCCCAACGACUUCAAACCACAGGACCUCGUCAGGAUACAGCAACUGACCCGGCCCACGUUCUUUGCCCGAAAGUUUGAGUCCACGGUGAACCAAGAGGCCAUAGACAUCCUGGACACCCACCUGUAUGGACACUACGCCCCAGGGACAGUGGCCAUCAAGGCCUAUUGGGAGAGCCUGUUUGAGCGGGCGGACGGGGUUGGCUCCCUCAGUGACGUGGCCCUCACAGCCUACUCUUCCUUCUUCCGCCUGGGCCUCAAGAGCCUGGAUAGCAGCCAGACCAGCCUGGAGACCUGCAGGUAUGAGCCAAUAGGCUACCCGGUGUCGGUGCACCUCUAUUUCUACGACGAGCGUUUCCAGGGCUACUUGGUCCGUCAGGAGGUGCAGAAGGUGGGGUCUAGGGUCAGGGAAACGGUGGAGGUGUGGGCCGUGCCUCAGGCCACCAUGCAGCUGGAGAACAACCUCAGGGAGUUUGAGAGGCUCAAGAACCUGGAGGUGGGCACAGAGUGGGACCCCAAGGAGAGAAUCUUCCGGAACUUCGGCGGUGUGAUCGGGCCGCUGGACGAGCCGGUGGCGGUACAGAAGUGGGUUCGGGGGCCCAACCUCACUGCCACCAUUGUGUGGAUCGACCCCGCCCAGACGGUGGCGGCGUCUUAUGACAUCAGUGUGGAUGUGGACGCAGAGUACACACAGUACAAGCCCCCACUGCAGCGGCCGCUCCGCCCCGGGGCCUGGACAGUCAGGGUGCUGAGGCUGUGGGAGCGCGUGGCCGAGGCUCGCUUCCUCGUCAUGCCCCUGGCCUUCAAAGGACGAGAACCACUACGCCAAGAGGAGGACAGCUGGCUGCACGCGGGGCCACCAGGCAACCUGUACCUGGAGCAGGGCUUCCAGCAGCUGAGAUCUGUUCUGAAGCUGCCCCCACAGGAGCCCGCCCUGCAAGAGGCCCAGCAGAGGGCCCACCUGGUGGGCAAACCCCUGGAAGCCUGGGUGGACCGCACCGUGGGGGCCUUCUGGGUGACCGGGGACCUGUGCUCCACCCUGCCUUCCCCGGGCCCCUGCCCUUCCCUGGGCCCCUGUACCAAGUCCACCUGGAGCUCCCUCGCCCCAGACCCUAAGUCAGAACUUGGCCCUGUCAAAGGUGAUGGCCGGAUCAGGUAGCCCCCCGACAGGAGGCAUGCUGGACUACAGUAGAGGGAGAGGGGAGGAUGUGUGAGCCCCGAGAAGAGGGGAGGAUGUGUGAGCCCCGAGAAGAGGGGAGGAUGUGUGAGCCCCGAGAAGAGGGGAGGAUGUGUGAGCCCCGAGAAGAGGGGAGGAUGUGUGAGCCCCGAGAAGAGGGGAGGAUGUGUGAGCCCCGAGAAGAGGGGAGGAUGUGUGAGCCCCGAGAAGAGGGGAGGAUGUGUGAGCCCCGAGAAGAGGGGAGGAUGUGUGAGCCCCGAGAAGAGGGGAGGAUGUGUGAGCCCCGAGAAGAGGGGAGGAUGUGUGAGCCCCGAGAAGAGGGGAGGAUGUGUGAGCCCCGAGAAGAGGGGAGGAUGUGUGAGCCCCGAGAAGAGGGGAGAGGGUUCUGGUCUCUAAGGCUAACUCAUAAGGCACAUAAAUAGACACGGCUUCUCUCUACAUAAGCUGAGGAGUGGCUAUGCUCCCAGUUUAGAGGCUACAUGCCCUUUUCAGAGGAGAUGCGUGCUGGAAAUUUGCACAUGAAGACUGCAAGACAAAGUUUUUUUUGUGUUUGAACGUCAUUUCUCGUUACAUGGACAAUUUCUGUUAUCUGUCUGCAUAUGUCUUCAUUCAGGAUCUGGCUGGGUAGAACUUUGGAAAGAGGAGAACCCCACCCGCAUAUGUUUGAACUCUGUUCAAUGCACAGUUUUCUUCUGCUUUAAGGAAUUUAAAGCAGUGGCCAACAUUUUGACAGUGGCUAAAUGCUGUGUUGUAUUGUUGUCAAAGGGCAGUGGGUCCUCUGGACUAGUAUCUUCAUGCUUAUUUUCAAGCAUUAUUAUCAGAACAGCAGCAGCAGAUUGGGGAAUUGCACUUUACUGUAAGACUAAGGUUACACAGGACAGGGUCGAUCAGUAGUUGGAGAAUGACAACGAGGAGGAUUAGGAGCUUAAAAGGUCAAGGUGGAGGUCGUCACAAUGGUGACGUGGCAUCCUCUUCACUUACUUACAUGUAUUUUGUAUAAAAAUGCUGCUAGAACUUUGCGGCGUCACUAUCACAUAUCUGACCCAGCUAGCUCACGUGGAGGAGGAAGAAUAAUAAUGUUCUGAGUUACCAGCUGGGAGACAAGUUCAAGUUGGGAGAGAGUCCUCUUCUCUCAUUAGUUCUGUUUACUGUGACAUUAUCAUGUUUUAAAUUUUUGUUUGUUUCUUGAACAUUGAGAUGUGAAAUGUCUUUGUUGUCCAUGAUCACUGCAAAGCAAAGCCACCGGGGGUUUUGUGUGUCAGAGGAAGUGCCUAACUGAUGUGGGUAAUAUUCUAGGCUACGGUGGCCUGGCUCUCCAGUGUGGCAUCAUCAUUUUCACAGUGGACUACAUCGCUUCUCAAUGGGUCUAGUCACAGUUAUGCUAUAUAGGCCUAGUAGUUCAUUACUAGACAGUCAUGCAAAUACAAUAUAAUGCAGAAACCUCGUUGGCCCAACUCUAAGUACAUGGCUCUGGGCUAGCUGCCUCGUCUGUAUCAGUGAAUAUGCAGUGCAGUACUGUCCAUGCUCUGUAUGCCAACAAAGUGAAGAGUCUUCUGUCAUCUACCUACCACUUUAAUGUUACUGGUUGUCCAUAAGCAUUUCUACAACAAUGAAACUCCUGUCCAAAGAGGGGUCAACAUGACUAUUUCAUGGUCUGGUUAAGAAAUCAAAGCUGCCUUUACUUUGUUAAUAUGAACUGUUUAUAAUGGGAGAAUAGCUUCAAGACGUGCACUUAUUUCCUUUUUAGAAAAUUCUGAAACCCUACCCCUUUUUUGUUUUUAAUUGUAAUGUUUUAAAACUAAACUUGUUUUUUCAGUUUCUUCUGAGUUUACAAGUGACCUUGUUUCCCUUGCACACUUGCUUCAGUGAAGCUUCCAUUUAACAGAAAGAAUUGCAGAGCACCGUUUAGUGUAAAGGGAAUAGGUUAUUCAUAUUUUAGUCUUUGAGAAAUAUAUAUUUGUCCAUCCAUUCAAUAUCAACUCCUCUGUCAAACUAUUGAGAACCACUUGUAUUAUUAUUUUUUGUCACUUCCGUGCCUCUGGUAAAACAUGGCAACAGGUUGACUGGUGGCACAAUAAAAAAAUAUCUGAUCUUG